AUGUCUUAUGACCGCUAUAUUGCCAUCUGUCGUCCCCUUCAUUAUGGGCUCACUGUCACCCCACAGGCUUGUACACAGGCAAUAGGAGGCUCAUGGGCCAGUGGAUUGCUCUAUUCUGCCAUCUAUACAGUCAACAUGUUCAUGCUUCCAUUCACAAAGUCCAAUGUGAUCCAUCAAUAUUUCUGCGAUGUACCUCAAAUUUUGAGGAUUUCAUCUUCAGAGGUUCAGUUUUCUGAAUCUGGGCUCCUAACUAUAAGUUCUGGCAUUGUCAUAGCAUUUUUUGCCUUCAUGGUUAUGUCAUAUAUUAAAAUUUUUUCAAGUGUGCUUCAGAUCCAUUCUGUGGAAGCUCGGAACAAAGCGUUAGCUACUUGUACUCCACAGUGGGCUAUUCUCUUUUUGUUUGUAAUUUCUGUUUUAAUUACUGCUCUAGGUCCAAUUGCAAAUAAAGCAUCUCUUACAAAUCUUCUGAUAGGCAUGUUCUACACCAUGCUGCCACCGUUUUUAAAUCCCCUCAUCUAUAGUCUGCGGAACAGGGAAAUUAACAGUGCUCUAGGCAGAAUGUACAAAAGAUAUUUUGAGUGCCCAAUCAGAGUUUUACUUGAUUAA